UCUCAUUCUCUUUAAGGUAUGGAUCACUCUCUUUCAUCCUAGAGUUCACUUCUUCACACCUGAAUUCACACCGACCGCUUUGGAUUCCCUACGCAGAGGCUGGAGGAGGGAGAAAAUGGUUCGGCAUUUUCACCGCGCAUUUCCAUCCUCCACAUCCUAUCAAUCUGAAGAGCACUGAGCUGCCGUGAGCGCAGCGAAGCCGUCAUGAAUGGCAGGGACAACGUUCAGGUCGUCAUUCCACGGCGACCACAGAACAUGUCUGGGCGUCAACACCUUACUGUGGACGAAGCCCUCCAGUUCACCCCAAUGACCACAAGCAUUCUGCCAUCUACUGGUACGUUGACCGGCCCCCCGUCGAUCUCAACUGACAUUUUAGAUCGCAUCCCUCAUCCUCAACUUGGCAACCCCUCCUCCUUUCGACUUUCCACUCCCUCCGAGCGACGAGCAUUUUAUCAAGAAAAAUGGAUCAAUCCAAAGGUCAAGGAGCAUCUGGGUGCCUUGCUAGAUUUCUCCCGCCGUGACCCAAAAUUGGCAUUCAAGCGUCCUCUGACAAGAAGCGAGACCAAAGCGAGAUCGGACUCUGGACUGCAUCCUUUCGCAAAGAUGGUCCUGGACAGCAGUACCAUUGAACAUACCUUUCCAUCAACAAUUCCCGCUCACAUGCCAGUAAAGAAACCAACCUCACUUCAAACAAAACCGAAACCUCUUUCCAACGAGAUCACAGUCAAUAUUCCCAAACCCCCUAACUCUUUUAAUCGAGAUGAAUAUAGAGUUAUGCCGAAAUCACCUCGUCGCGCCUUGGACAAUUCCAUGACGAACGGCAACGUCAACUUGACCGUCAGUUCAAAGAAGGAGAAGGACACGUUGAUCUUGCGAGCUUUUGAAAAUCAGAUGUUGGAGAUUUUCGAGGCUCAAGAUCGACUCGCUCCGGAUACCUCUGCCAUGCCAACGACCAUCGAUCGGACCAUCUUCUACCAACCAGACGACACUGAGGACUCUGAGCCGUCUCUUUCUAUCGGCACCCAAGAGGCUCUCCAACGAAAUCUCACCCAACUUGUCUCUAAUAAUCGCCUGCGUGAUGUCUCAACUGAUUAUCUGAAACGGCUUCAAGCGAUCUGCGAACCUGCUAUCGAGACGGCACAAACAACGAAUCUGAAGUUGCAAGCUAGUGCCUCUGAUGAUGACAUUUCAGCCUGGUUAUCACAAUUACAAAAGGCAGAGAGCGGGAUCUCUUCGGCGUGCACCCUUGCUUACAUCGUCCUCGGCAAUGUUCAGAACGAGAACCUUGUCAAUCUGGAAGUCCUUCAGUGGCUACCGAACGUAUUGGUGAAUGUCUUUGAGAAUUGUUUGAUGCCGGUCGUGGAAGCAAGGCUGGAUGCCCAGGACGCCCAACUCUUCGAAGUUACGUCUUCUAAUCGCGAAGCCGUCAAGCGCUUGCUCGACCUGGGUCGCAAGUUCCUAGAUCUUCUAGCAAAAAUAUGCAUCGAGGUCAAAGGUGCUGGCUCUCUGGUUAAUGCCACUGAGUUUUUGGCCUCUCGAUUGAUCUUCGUCCAGAAUGCUGGCAGCGAGAAGACAUCGGCCAUCGGCGUUCAAGUCUUUGAAAGAGUGCGAAAACAGGCGAUGGCGGCCCUGGCAAGACUGUAUGCAGCAUUUCCUUCCGAAAGAGAUGCGAUCCUGGACGAGGUGCUCUCAUCUCUCGACAAAUUGCCAUCCAACAGCCGAAGUGCGAGGCAGUAUAAACUUGGGAACGGCAAAAGCAUACAGCUUGUCUCUGCCCUGUUCAUGCAGCUUGUCCAGACACCUGCCAUACCAUCGGGUAACUUACGCUUUUCCAAAUUGACAGCAGGCCAAAAGCAGCGUCGUCGAACCGUUGACGUUGAAAGCGAAGAUGACGAUAGUCUCGAGGACGAGAAUGACACUGGCCUCGAAGAUGACCUCAUGGACAAAGAUCCAUCUUCCCGACUAGCUCGCCAAGCAGGUGUGUUGCUCGAAGAUGCCUCGAAAAGUGCUCAGCAAAUCGUUCUAUGGAUGGUCGACAAGGCAUCCAAAGUGACUAAAAGUGGAGAUUCGCCGUACCGGAAUAUUCUGGAUCUCUUCAUCGAAGAUCUCACCGUCGUCCUGCCAUUAACCGAUUGGCCGGCCUCAGAGCUUCUUUUAACUAUCCUAGCGAGGCGAAUGAUUAUGCACGUGGACAAUGACAAAGCAGCCUCGACCAAAAACAUGGCGCUCGAGGCAUUAGGAGUCAUGGGCUCGGCUAUCUCAACAACGCGAGCUUCUGCGCGACAUCUGUCAUCAAGCAUUUCUCAGACCAGCGAAUCUUCUGCGACUGUGUAUCGACUUUGCGAUCUCGUCAAGGAAAACAGUCAACUCAGGAUUCCCGAUGAAGAUCUAGUUUCUUCAAACGGUCCCUUCUCACUUGUCCAUACUUUCCUCCGAGCGAAAGGAGGCGACGGGCUGCGAUCACGAUCUGCAAGGGCAUACCUACUGGUUCGCCAUGCAACACACUUUGCAAAGGCUUCGAAAACCCGUCAGAGCGAUGGCGACCUGGAGGCCAUGACAGAUGACACGGCCGCGAGGAUCCUCCAGCAACUCGAGGAGCUCGAUAACUAUCACGGGAUGUCGGCAGACGAGGAAGACGUGACGCCUCAGGAAGCACAAUUGGCAUACACCUUGUGCAUACUCAACAUGCCGUUCUGCAACAUGUUCCCUCGCAUUGCCACUACGUUGACUUCAUGUCUUUCGAGUGACCAGGCCCAGGUCAGGAGUCGCAGUAUCAAAAGUGUCACAACGAUUCUGGAAACGGAUUCCAGCCUGCUCGACUGGGUUCCCACAGUGGCAGAUGAUGUUUUGAGAUGUGCGACAGACGAUUCUUCCCUCGUGCGAGACUCAGCGCUCACAUUGAUCGCCAAGUUCAUAGUACCCCGGCCAUCCCCACAAUUGCAGCACAAGGGGUUUACACAAUUACUUCGAUGUACUGGAGACUCAAAUGUGGGCAUUCAGAAGCGAGCCAUCGUCCAUUUGAAAGACUUUUACUUGACUGAUGCGAGGACAAAUAUCAAGGAUACCAUCACUACUGAGUUUCUUCGCCGCACAUCGGAUCUCGAGACGAGCGUUGCCGAAUUGGCCCGCAAGACUUUAUUAGAGAUCUGGAUAUCACCAAGACUUGAGGUCCUCAACAACCACGAUGACAAUGCACGGCUUGACGUGGCUAUCAACGAACUGAGAACACAGAUUGUGUCGUGUAUCAAUCGUAGCUCGGGCGCCCUUGGCGUUCCUCUCAAAGACUUCUUGGUAUGGACUCUGAAGAAUACCAAAAGCAUCGACAAGCUGCACAAUCUGUACUCUCGCAUAGUCAAGAAGCUCCUCGAGACGGCGAAUGGGUCCGAAGCAGAGCCAUCCGAUCUCACUACGCUGGUUGCCUUUGCGGAAGCAAGACCACAAACGAUUCACUCGGGUGACCUCGCCAGUCUGAAAAGCUAUCUGAAAGACAUGAAGCCCGAUGAAAUGCCCAAGUUUCGGUCCGUGGUUACCAUUUUCCGGUGUGUGCUACCGAAUUUGUCCAGCACCCAAAGCCAGCUUCUCGAAGGCGUCCAGCAAGAUCUUAUGCGUUCCGCGGGCAGCCUUGCCCGACUUGAAGACCUACAAGAGGUCAUGUCAUGUCUUCGAAGCAUCGAUGGCGUUCUGCACCAAACUCGGAAACUCGCCGUCUUCGCAGUUUCUGUGCUCCAGAAUGUCAUCCAACCCAAGGUUGCGCCAAAGACCAAAGAGGCUCUGAUCAGUCAAAAUAAGGCGGCUGAGAUUCCAGUUCGAGAAAGUAUUGGCCGACAAAAGAUGCUCCGUCUCCUGGGCAGCAUUUUCAAAUUCCUGGAUUUCGAACAACAAGUAGGCAUCUUUAAAAAUGCGUUUCCCGCAUUCAAGGCGGGAUCUGUGGUUGGCUUCGUGUGCGAUACGAUCGUUCCGUUCACGUUCAAACGCGCAGAAGCUGCGGUUCGACUGAAGGCUUUCGAAUGUUUGGGAUCAAUAUGCCAAGCAUGGCCAGGCCAAUUCAACAAGAAACACAUUCGCGAGACAUUCUUCCAGGUCUUGGACGGAAGCGCGCUCGACACUCUAGGUGUCCAAGAUGCUGCACAAGCAAAGCUCACGGUAUUGACAGCGUUCGAGGGCCUGUAUGCGGCACGUACCAAGGCAAAGGCCGACGGUACUUCAUCAGAGGAGGAUACAGAGGUACAGGCUCUGAAGAACAUUGGGGGAGAUCACAAAACUCGCGAGGAUGACAGCGCCAUCUCCACAAUCACCAGCACCGUUGUGAGCCAUCUGCUCCGCAUUGCGAUGUCAGCCAAAGGCGAGGAGGCACUUCUCGCUACUAAAACAUUGGCGAGCAUCGAUCAUCAGGGCAUGACCCAUCCCAAGGAGAGCACAGCGGCCUUUGUAGCCCUCGAAACCAACCCAGACGCCCGGGUAUCUCAGGCAGCGACAAUCGCUCAUCGACACCUUCACCAGCAGCACGAGUCAGUGUGUGAGCGUGAAUACGUACAUGCAGUGUCUGAAGCCUGUCGGUAUCAGGUUGAGGUGUUCGAAGACCCUCGAGGGGCGACAAUGCCUGGAUAUAAACCCAAGCUUGCUGCAGCUUUCGAAAUAAUCAGUGGGAGCGGAUCAAAAUAUGUCAGGAAGUUCCUCGGCAAUAUUGUGUCCAAGCUCAACACGGAGCAUUCCAAGCUGGAGAUUGGGCCAACAGGCGCAUGCAACCAUCUUUAUUUUACUCUGUUUGUUUGUCAAAAUCUGGCAUUCUUUGAGUACAAGAAAAUGGACGAGCUUCUGCAUACUGUCUUGCAAUUGGAGCUAGUCUUUGGAAAGAAUGGCGGGGAGACCGCCCAGGCGAUUGAGACAGAACUAGGUCCAAUGUUGACGGAACAAGCGAAUGCAGAUGAGACCGAAAAUGGCAACCAAGCAAUGGACAUGGAGAGCAAGGUGUCUGUAGAUCAGGCGGUUCUCAGAAGGCUCUCUGUGGCGGCUUGUGCUAUUUCAUUGGUCUCGGAGACGCGAAAUUUCCUGAAACGACAAUACGGGAUCUCACGGGAUGUCAAGCUGGCAGUGUUGCAAAGCAAGCAAUCGAAAGAUUCGACCAAAGAGCCCACCAGGGUUCACGGGAUCACAGGAGAUCGCUACUGGACAGCAACCAACGGAGCAAUCGAGUCUUUAGAUAGCACCGAGGGCAUGCUCUCCCGGUGCCGGGAGUUAUUGAGGAUCGUCAGUAUUGACGACGAGGUCAAGAUUGCAGCAGAAGAUGACGGAGAGGGGUUUGGGAUGGAGAGCGGACCGGAGCAAGUGUGGACCGGGCAGCGCGGCAAAAAACGCAAGAGUGCAGGAUCCAUGGGAGGUACACCAAAGAAGGCUCGAGGCAGGCUUUCGAAACAGGGAGCAAGGAGAUCGUCAAGCACUUCGUCACUGGAAGAGCAUCCGGACGGCGAUUUCGCAGGCUGAGGAGUUCAGAGCUGAAACGAUGGGGCCGAACAAAUCGAACAAGUCGAACAAAACAGACAAAAACAGGGUUCAUGAAAACCAGUCUGGUAUGGGCGUACAGGUGGUUCUCUGAUGAUUUGGCGCAAUCCAUGAGGGAAAUGGGAACUUGAUAUUUUGAUACCCCACACAGUUUUGGGCGUCGAGACCAGGGCAUAAAUGUACAAGAAAUGACCUAGCGGACGAUACAUGCAAGACAGACAGAAGAAUUCGAUAAAUCCAUACAUAGCCACUGGUUCAAGAAGCAAAAUGGUGAAAAUGCAAACGACGUUGCUUGUGGCGGUG